AUGGCGAGACUCACAAGCUGGCUUCUCCUCUCAACAUGGAGAGGAGUAGCCUCCGUAUCAGGGCAAGGUCUCCACGAGCUAGCAGUGAAGUCGGGGAAGCUCUUCUUUGGCACGGCAACAGACACGAACCUCUUCAACGAUGCGGCGUACAUGGCGGUCCUGAACAAGACGGGCGAGUUCGGCCUCGUGGUGCCGGAGAACAGUCAGAAAUGGGACGCGACGGAGAAGACGCAAAAUGAGUUCCAGUUCACGAAUCCGGAUUCCGUGAGGGCCACCACAGUCUCAACGGGCACCUGGACCCCAGAAACUCUCACCCCCGUAAUCCAAGCACACAUCUCCAACGUGGUAACGCACUACAAAGGCGCCUGCUACUCAUGGGACGUCGUCAACGAAGCCCUCGCCGACAACGGCACCCUCCGCGACAGCGUCUUCUCCCGCACCCUCGGCGCAGACUUCAUCACCAUCUCCUUCAAGGCCGCCGCGGCAGCCGACCCGGCCGCGAAGCUGUACUACAACGACUUCAGCCUCGAGUUCAACUCCAACAAGACGGACGGCGCCGUCAAGAUCGUGCAGGAUCUCAAAGCCGCAAACGUGAAGAUCGACGGCAUCGGGUUCCAGUCGCAUUUCCAGGUCGGCAAGACGCCGUCGCAGGAUACACUGAACAAAGUCAUGACGCGCUUCACGGAUCUGGGGCUGGAGGUCGCGCUUACGGAGCUGGAUGUGCGGCAUGAUAAGUUGCCUGCCGAUGAUGCCGCGAUACAGCAGCAGGCCAAGGACUACGGCACCGUCGUCAAGACGUGCGUGGACAACGCAAAGUGCGUCGGCGUCGUGGUGUGGGAGUUUACGGAUAAGUACAGCUGGAUCCCGUCCACGUUUUCGGGCGCCGGGGACGCGUGCUUGUUCGACAAGGAUAUGAAGCCUAAGCCGGCGUAUGCGGCUGUUGCAGCGGCGUUAGGAGGGCCAGCAAUAGCAGCAGCUCCGGUGGCAGCACCGGCGCCGGCGGCUGGGGCUCAUGGCGCGGAAGUGGUGUUCGACCAAGUCACCUUCCUCUUCGGGAACACCUCGCUUUGA